UCUAUCAAAAAUCCUGAAGGAGAAUGUCCGGCCAUCUGUUCAUGACCUCAAGCUGAAACAAACUUGGGUUCUGCAGCAGCACAAUGAUCCAAAACACACCAGUAAAUCCACCUCUGAAUGGCCUCCAAACCCUCCAAUGUGGCUGAAUUACAACAAUUCUGCAAAGAUGAGUGGGACAAAAUUCCUCCACAGCGCUACUGCACUGUGUGGGCUGGCUGGUCUGGCGGCGGUCUUGUCAGUGCUGAAGACGGUCAGCUGGAGGAGGAGAAUCGCCUCACCUGUCAUUGACUUGAGGGUCAUAUUGAUGUUUUGUUUGUUUUAUGCUGGAGAUCUGGCCAAUGUUUUCCUCAUUGUCUCUGUAGGAACAGCAAUCUACUGCCUCAUGCGAUGCAAGGCCCAAAAGUGUGUGACGUUGAGCUUUCCACAGCCUCAUGAAGAGGAGCACUUGGUGACGUAUAUCAUUUGUGCCUUUGCUCUCAAGGCGAUCCAGUUCCUCCACAAGCUGGCUGUGCAGUUGUCUGUUGACGUCUUCUUUCUUGACUGGGAGAGACCACGCACCACAGCCAGCAAGACUGUAUCAACCAAUGGUCUGCAGAAACGUGAUCCCUCCCCCAUCAGCAUCUGGAGGACAUACUUUGUGGCCAACGAGUGGAACGCGAUCCAGACCAUCCGCAAGAUAUGGCCGACCUUUCAGAUCAUGGCUGUGCUCUUCUUCCUUGAAGUGUUGGGUUUCUCUAAAUUCGCACUCAAGGACCCCUUGCCUCCUGCACAGCAGUCCCCCCAGGUGUCCACACCUUCACACAGCCGGAUCCUGCGUUACGGCCUUGCAGCAACACUUUGGCUUUGCAUUGGGUUUCUCCAGGUCAUUUUCUCUGUCUUUUAUGAGAUUUGUGUGGAUGACAAAAUCCGCCAGUUUGUGGAUCUCUGCUCCAUCAGUAAUAUUUCAGUGCUGCUCUUACCUCACCGCUGUUUUGGCUACUACAUUCAUGGACGCUCAGUGCAUGGCCACGCUGAUACCAACAUGGAGGAGAUGAAUAACAACCUGAGGAGAGAAGCGGAGUCAAGGUGUGGCCGACGAGGUCUUCUUCCCAACACGGACAUCCAGACCUUCCAGGUGGCCCUUUCCACCCAGCUGCGAUCCCAUUAUGACAGGAUCCAGGAGUCCUUCACUACGAGAUACAGACCAUCACGGCUGAUGGACCCGGCCUUAGCCAAUCAGCCCGAGCAAAACAUCCGGGCGUACCACACCAUGAACCACUUCCUGGGAUCCGUCAUAGAUCAUGCCCACCCUGACAUGGACUACUAUGUGAGGGACAAACUAACAUUAGAGAGGAUCAUGGGCAUGGAGUUCCUUGAACCAAAUGACAAGAGCAUCUUUUACAAUGAUGAGGCCCACACGUUCAGUAAUGUGCUCUUCUACGGACAUGAGGGCACCCUGCUGUUUUUUGACACCCUGUUCUUCUGCAUCAUCGACCUGGCUUGUCAGAAUUUCGUACUAGCAGCCGUGCUGACGUACGUGGAGCAAGUGAUCUUUAAAAACAUCCGACUUUGGCUCGGGAAGAAGAACCUGGCCUUCAAAAGUCAGGUGGAUGAGAGAUUUUUUUUGUAAUUACCAAGACAAAUAAUUUGUAAUAAUAAUGAAAGGUCAACGGUGUCCAUUUUUUUUGCUGUUGCCCUUUUUAGACAAUACUGUUUUCAUUUCAGCUUGUUGACUGUAAUGUUCUGUGUAAAAUCUGAUGCUAUUGAUUAAAGUUGUUCUACUUUCAGUGUA